CAAAUAAAAGAAAAAAUAUUACUGCUUACAACUUGCUUAAAGCAAGAGUUAACGAAGAAGGAUUUUUAAUAAAUAUAACUGACGGAUUUAUUAUUGGAAAAUCUGCAGAAAUAAUAUGGAAAAACUUUACGGCCGCAGAAAAAAGUACAUUCACUACUUCUGCAA